AUCUAUAAGUUGGCAUACGAGGACAGCCGUUUUGCUAUAAGUCGUGAGCUGUGUGCAAAAAAUAUAUUACCUUUCCUGAUUGCGUCAGCAAUGGAAAAUUCAUUAAAUAUAGCUCAAUUUGAGCAAUAUAUGAGCUUAAUUCAUCGUAUUCUGGAGAAGGUAAAUAUUCGGAUUAAAUGGCUUUUCUCACGAGCACCGUUCACUGUGAGAAUAUUGUCAUCCACGAAGCGUAAGUGA